AGCCGCUGAUGAAAUCGCAGCCGGGAGCGGAGGAGUCUUUGGACCUUCCCAUGGUCGGGACCUUUGACUCAUAAAAGGCUCCUUCAAAAGGCUUCGGGAGCAGAAGAAGGGAAGGAAGAGCGGCCGCAGCAGGAGACGGGGGGAGAGAAGGAGCAGAGCCCGACCUGGAGCGUGGGGAAUUAGGGGGGGAGAGAGGAAGGCGCUGUAUGUGGAGUUUUUGGACAAGAUGCUUUCUCUGAAGAAAUACUUCACCGAAGGCCUCAUCCAGUUCACCAUCCUGCUCAGCCUCAUCGGGGUCCGUGUGGACGUGGACACCUACCUGAACUCCCAGCUCCCUCCUCUGCGGGAGAUCAUCCUGGGCCAGAGCUCUGCCUACACCCAGACCCAGUUCCACAACCUGAGGAACACCUUGGAUGGCUAUGGCAUCCACCCAAAGAGCGUGGACCUGGACUAUUACUUCACCGCCCGCCGGCUGCUCAACCAGGUGAGGGCCCUGGACAGGUUCCAGGUGCCCAGCACCGAGGUCAGUGCCUGGCUGGUGCACAGGGAUCCCGAGGGAUCCGUGUCUGGGGGACAGCCCAGCGCCGGAUCCGGCCUGCAGGAUGGCAGCAGCGCCGAGAACGGGGUGAGGGAGAGCGGAGCCGAGCAGGGAUUCGGGGAGGAGCUGGAGGAUUUGGGAGCCGUGGCCGCGCCGGCGAACGGAGACCUCACCAAGGAGGUAGGGAAGAGCUGCUUUUCCCGGGAAAAGUUCGGGGUGAAGCUGUUUAAAGCUGGGAUCUGGGAGCUUUGUGGUGCACACCCAGCGAGCAGGACGGGACACUGUGUGUGUUUGGCACUUAGGGAAAGUGUGUCCCUGCUCGGGAAUGUCGCAAUCCUGGAUCCUGGCUCGGUUUCAGCGCUCCAGGGGUAAUUCCAGGGGAAAUUCCAGGGCGUUGGUUUUUUUUCCCCCCCUCCUCACUUUUUUGUUUGGUUAAUUCUGGGUUGAAAGGAAGAGUGAAAGGAGGGGGAAGGGGUUUUGGGGGCAGCAGAGCUCUCGUGACUCAGUGUUGGGCAAUGGAGCAAUCCAGCUGGGGAAUAAACAGGAGCAGUUGGGAAAGAGCCCCAGCCCAGGUGUGGAGCAGGUGGUUGGGUUACUUGACUGGAACCCGGCCAGGAUUCGUGAUCCCUGGCUCAGUUUUCCUCCCAGCUGGGUGGGGAGAGGUGAACUUGGAAAGGGGCUUAUUUCUCCAGCCCGAGCACAACCUUUGGGAUGCAAUUCCAGGCUCUUGGGGAGCUGCUGGUGUGGCUUUGGCGACGCUCCCUUCGUCCGGCGGCUCCGUGUGAGGGGGUGUCAGGGGUGAUCCAUGUCCUUGGGGUCUUCCCAGGAUCGUGGAGAGGGAUCAGUGGUGAUCUGUGGCCUCAGGUCCUUCCAGGGUUAGUGGCGAUUCCAAACCUUGGGUCCUUCCAGGGUCAGUGUUGAUUCCCAGCCUUGGGUCCUUCCAGGAUCGUGUGUGGGGGGGUGUCAGUGGCGAUUCCCGGCCUCGGGUCCUUCCAGCGUCGCUCCAGUGUCUCCCAAGUCGUGUCUGGGCGUGGGAAGAGUGGAAUUUGAGCCGGGCCAGCCCUGUCCCUGCAGGAGGGGAGGGCAGCUGGAUGCUGGGAGCUGUUGUCAUGUGGCUCUGGUGCAGCAGCAGGCAGGGAAUGGGAAUGGGGCGUGGGAAUGGGUGUGGGAAGGGGUGUGAGCGCCGCAGAGACAAAGGUGAUGCUUGCUUUGGGUCUGGGAUUGAUGGAUGAGCAGCGGGAUCCAUCCCUGGGAAUGGUGUCCUGAUUGGACCUGCAGGUUUUCCAUGGGUUUUCCCAUGGGGGUCUCCUGGCUCCGCUGGGCUGUGGGAUUGAGGGGGAAAAUCCCGUUCUGGGUUGGGAAGUGACCUUGGAGGUGUCAGAGGGUCACAGAACACGAGGCCAAACCUUCCCACCUUGUGCUGCUUCCCUGGGAGUGGAGAGAGGCAAUUCCCUGCCUCGGGAAUGGCGAAGGAUGUGAUGAAAUGCCCUGUGCAAGGUCACUCCUGGAAGGGUCUCUCCUCCUUCCCAAGGCUGCCAUUCCUGGCUGAGGGCCUGGGGAGCCUUCCCAGUGCCGGGUGGGGAAACAGGGAUCUGAUUUUAGGGAGGAAGGUUGCGGAUUUGGGGGAGGUGAAGGCUGGUGGCUCCUGUUUUCCAGAGGCCUCUGUGCAGCUGCAUCCCGGGAAUGAAGCUCCCUGCCGGGCUGGGAAUCUCCUCCAGGGCAGGGUGUGAGAUCCGCAGCUGCACCGAGCCUGCUCCCGGGGUUUGCAGCAUCCCUGCUCUUCCCGGGUGGCUGUUUUCCACGUUUUCCCCCCCCCAAGCCCCUGGAUGGACAGGAGGGGAGGGUGUUGUUGCCAGGGCCCAGCUCCAGGAAAUCCCGUCUGGCUCCCACGUCACUCCAGUCACACCAUCCCUGUGCCCUCCUCCCCCGGGGCCAGCCAGACCCAACUCGCUGCUGCCAUGCUCCAAACCAGCCUCGUUUUAGGGGGUUUUUGUAUUUUUUAUUUUUUUUUUUCCUUGGUUUUGGUGUCUUUGUCCCCAUCCUUGACUCCCUCCCCCAAACCUUUCCAAGGGGAGUAUCCCGGGAACUCUGCAGCUCCCUGGGAGGCACCUGCAGGGCCUGGGGCGGGUGAUGAUGAUCUGCAGAUGGCUCCAGGGCCGGGCUUUAAAUUUUUCCAUGACUUUCCCUGGCACAUUGCGACUCCCUGGGCCAGGCACGACCUUGCUUGGGAGUGAGGGGGGUGUGGAAUAUGGCUGAUUAUAAAUAA